GGCUGGCUCCCGUGUCCUUGCUCGUCCCGCUUGCCUCCGCUAAUCCCACCGGUGAUUGGGCGGUUACUGGCUGAUUAAGUUGGCGGCGAGGUCGGGGGCGUCAUGGCGUCGGAGCCGGUGGCGCGGGCGGUGGCGGAGGAGGUGGUGCGGUGGGGGAGCAUGAAGCCGACGGGGGUCAGCCUGCGCUACAUGAUGGAGUUCGGCUCCAACCCCACCCAGCGCAACCUGCUCCUCUCCGCGCAGUUCCUGCAAAAGGAGCUCCCCAUCCGCAUCGCGCGCCGCGCACUCGAGCUCGACUCGCUGCCCUUCGGGCUCUCCAACAAGCCCGCCAUCCUCAAGGUGAGGGAUUGGUACUUGGACUCGUUCCGCGACAUCAGAUACUUCCCAGAAGUGAGGAAUCACAACGACGAGCUUGCUUUCACACAGAUGAUUAAAAUGGUCAAGGUGCGGCACAAUAAUGUGGUUCCAACAAUGGCUUUGGGAGUGCAGCAGCUGAAAAACCAACUGUGCCGCACAAGGAAGGUUCCCUUUGGAUUCGACGAGAUCCACGAGUUCCUUGAUCGAUUCUACUUGUCAAGGAUUGGCAUCCGCAUGCUGAUAGGGCAGCAUGUGGCUUUGCAUGAUCCUGAACCAGAGCCUGGUGUCAUAGGCCUCAUUAAUACAAGAUUGUCCCCCAUACAGGUGGCUCAAGCUGCUAGCGAAGAUGCCCGUGCUAUUUGUUUAAGGACAUACGGAUCAGCUCCUGAUAUUAACAUUUAUGGUGAUCCAAAUUUUACAUUUCCAUAUGUCGCAUCACACCUAUAUCUGAUGUUAUUUGAAUUGGUGAAGAACUCGCUUCGUGCAGUGCAAGAACGAUAUAUGAAUUCUGAUGAAGAUGUUCCCCCAGUUAGAAUUAUAGUUGCUGAUGGAGAAGAGGAUGUUACUAUCAAGGUUAGUGAUGAAGGUGGUGGGAUACCAAGAAGUGGCCUCCCAAAAAUUUUCACACAUCUGUAUAGCACUGCAAAAAAUCCACCUGAUCUAGAUGGACCUAAUGAAGGAGCAACUAUGGCCGGAUAUGGUUUCGGGCUCCCAAUCAGCCGCCUUUAUGCUCGGUAUUUUGGUGGCGACUUGCAAAUUAUUUCUAUGGAAGGAUAUGGUACCGACGCUUACCUCCACUUGUCACGUCUGGGAGAUUCAGAGGAGCCCCUGCCUUGAUGACUUGAUUUGAUGUCCUGACACGACCAUCUUCCUGUAAUUAGGCUGCCCUUCUUCUUGUAAUAGAAUCCAGUGCUGGUCUGCAAAUAUUGUUCUAAUGGACCAGCCACCUAUAGCUAUAGUUGGUUGCUGCUCCGUAUCUUCUAGCCCCCUCAAUUUCAUCUUUUAGCUCUGCUGCAUUGCGAGCACAAGCACUCCUACUUCCUAUGAUCCCUCGUCCUGGUUUCAGAAAAAUAGUAUGAUUAUAAUCUCUCAUCCUCUCAGAAAUUAUCAUUACAAAUGGGCUCUUGGAGCGUUACUGAUAAUCGCAAAGUGCAGUUUAUUCUCA